AAGCUUCCCCUCCUGCGCCGAUAGAUCUGCAGACAUGGUUGUCCGCCCCCCGCUGGGAGAUGUGAGUGGGAUGCCCAUUGUCGGACCCUUUGCAGAAAACUGGGCGAACGUUCAGAAGUUCCAGGCUGGAGAAGGAGACGUGCUGAUAGACACCUACCCCAAAUCUGGUACCACCUGGAUCAGUGAGAUUGUAGACUUAAUUCUACAGAAUGGAGACAAAAAGAAAGCCCAGCGCGGAGCCAUUUUCGAGCGGGUGCCCUUUCUGGAGUUUGCAGUGCCUGAAAUACCAACAGGCACUGAAUUGCUUAAUGCAAUAAAGCCUCCACGAGUGAUCAAAUCUCAUUUAUCCGUGCAAACCCUGCCGAACAGCUUCUGGGAAAAGAACUGCAAGAUCAUCUACAUGGCCCGAAAUCCUAAGGAUGUGUUAGUGUCGUAUUAUUACUUCUACCACAUGGCCGUUGUGCACCCAGAUCCGGGCACAUUUGAUGAGUUUCUACAAAGCUUCAUAAAGGGAAAAAUUUCUUAUGGAUCAUGGAGCGAUCACGUCAAGGACUGGUGGAAGAUAAGGCAGGAGAGAGACAUCCUCUACCUCUUCUAUGAGGACAUGUUAGCGGAACCAAAACGUGAGAUCAGAAAAGUGAUGAAGUUCUUGGGGAAGGAUUUACCUGAAGAUGUUCUGGAGACGAUCCACCAGUCCACUACCUUUAAGGCCAUGAAAGAGAACAACAUGGCCAACUACAGCACCAUGCCUUCCCACGUCAUGGACUUUACCAUCUCACCCUUCAUGAGGAAAGGGAUCAGCGGAGACUGGAAGAGCCAUCUCACUGUGGCUCAAAAUGAACUACUUGAUGAAUACUACAAGAAGGAGAUGUCUGACACCGAUCUGACCUUCCGCUUCUAAGACCUUGAAAUAACCCACAUAACUCAUGUAUACGCCAUUUUAUAGCUUAAACACUCAUUUUCCUGAUUUCUGUUAUUCUUGUAGGUCGCAAGUCUGUGGUAUUAGUUGUUAUUUACCGUAUGGAAUAAAGUGUAAAAGUUUAUACACCCCUAA